UCUCUACUUUGGAUUUAAUUGUCUUUAGCCAAGGGGCGGGCUCUGCUGUCAGCUCCACUUCUUGUGACCCGUGUCAGCAUAAAGGCAUUCAGUACAGAGGAAUGGUGACAGCUGAGAGAGAGGAACUCUAUACAUAGUCGCAGCCAUGAAGGAAAUCAUGGCACAAAAAGAGAAGCUCCAAUGCUUGAAGGACUUUCACAAGGACACUCUGAAACCUUCACCGGGCAAGAGCCCGGGCACGCGGCCCGAGGACGAAGCAGAAGGAAAGGCUCCUCAGAGGGAGAAGUGGGCCAGUAAACUCGACUUUGUCCUGUCUGUGGCCGGUGGCUUUGUUGGAUUAGGAAACGUGUGGCGCUUCCCUUAUCUUUGUUAUAAAAAUGGUGGAGGUGCUUUUCUCAUCCCUUACUUCAUCUUCCUGUUCGGGGGUGGCCUGCCUGUGUUUUUCCUGGAAGUUGCACUCGGUCAGUACACCUCUGAAGGAGGGAUCACCUGCUGGGCAAAGCUCUGCCCUAUUUUCACUGGUAUCGGCUACGCCUCUAUCGUGAUCGUAUCUCUGCUGAACAUCUACUACAUCGUGAUCUUGGCCUGGGGACUGUACUACCUGUUCCAGUGCUUUCAGCCGGAGCUUCCCUGGGCGAAAUGCAAUCAGCCCUGGAACACAGAAUACUGUAUAGAGGACACAGUCCGCAAGAACAAGACCCUGUGGCUAGCAGCCAAUAUUACCAACUUUACCUCCCCUGUGACUGAGUUCUGGGAACGCAACGUCCUGAGCAUCUCCAAUGGGAUCGAGGACAUAGGACCCCUGAAAUGGGACCUGGCCCUGUGUCUCCUUGCAGUAUGGGUUAUCUGCUUCUUUUGCAUCUGGAAGGGAGUCAAAUCCACUGGGAAAGUGGUGUACAUAACAGCAACUUUCCCAUUUGUGAUGCUGAUUGUGCUGCUGGUGCGUGGAGUGACCCUGCCUGGGGCAUCCGAAGGGAUCAAAUUCUACCUUUACCCCAACCUGACCCGCUUACAAGACCCAGAGGUGUGGAUUGAUGCGGGUACCCAGAUUUUCUUCUCCUAUGCCAUUUGCCUGGGAGCCAUGACAUCAUUGGGGAGCUACAACAAAUACAAAUACAACUGCUACAGGGACUGUUUGCUGCUGGGAGGCCUCAACAGCGGUACCAGUUUUGUGUCUGGCUUCGCAAUAUUUUCCGUCCUGGGCUUCAUGGCACAAGAACAAGGGGUGGACAUUGCCGAUGUGGCAGAGUCAGGUCCUGGCCUGGCCUUCAUCGCCUACCCUAAAGCUGUGUCCAUGAUGCCGCUGCCAACCCUCUGGGCCGUCCUCUUCUUUAUCAUGCUGCUGCUUCUGGGCCUCGACAGCCAGUUUGUCGAAGUGGAAGGACAGAUCACCUCCAUUGUGGAUCUAUACCCGGCCCUCCUCAGGAAGGGUUACCGGCGGGAGAUCUUUAUAGCUGUGAUGUGUUCUAUGAGCUAUCUCCUGGGACUCGCCAUGGUAACGAAAGGUGGCAUGUAUGUGUUUCAACUCUUUGACUACUAUGCAGCCAGUGGUGUGUGCCUUUUGUGGGUUGCAUUCUUUGAAUGCAUUGCUGUAGCCUGGGUUUAUGGAGUUGAUAAUUUUUACGAUGCCGUUGAGGAUAUGAUUGGCUACAGACCAAACCCAUGGAUGAAAUGGAGCUGGACCAUAAUCACUCCUGUCCUCUGCAUGGGCUGCUUUGUCUUCUCCCUGGUGAAGUACAAGCCCUUGACCUAUAACAAGGUGUAUGAGUACCCUGACUGGGCCAUCGGUCUGGGCUGGUGUUUGGCCCUGUCCUCCAUGAUCUGCAUCCCCAUGGUGAUGGUCAUCAAGAUCUUACAGUCUGAGGGACCCCUGAUCGAGAGGAUCAAAGCAGUGGCGGCCCCGGCGAAGUCAGGCGUGAGCUCUCGCCCGAAAGAGUACAACUUGAAGGGCAGCGAGCUGACACAGCCCCUGGACCCAAACGGGAACAAUGGCUUGAUCAAGCCCACCCACACCAUUGUAGAAACAAUGAUGUGAGCGCUCUCUGUGAGAGGAAUAAGAUUGAUGUGCUUUCUGUGUUAUUAUCAUAUUUGCUAACCUUGAUAAUGGUAGGUUUACAUCAUCCAAUAUAUUCACAUUAGAGAUACUCUGGUUUGAUUUAUAUGAAGAGAGUUAUAUAUUACUGUUGUAAUGUUUGUUUUUUUUCUCUUGUAAUUUUUUUUUUAUUUUUUACUAUAUCGAUAUUGUUGAUGUUACAAUUAUUGUUGCUGUAGUUGGCACUGAUUUCAUUUUAGGCAGUAUUUUGAGAUAGAAAAUGUUCAAUGUUUACUACCUUUCUGUUGAUUCCGGAGAAGAGAAGAGGAAUUUGUUUGUUUUGGUGUAACAGAAGAAAAGAAAUUCUCACUAAACAUAAAUUAAGUUAACUAAAUGAGUCGCUAACUGCGUAAAAAGGUAGAAACGCCUAAACACCCUCAUGUGACUGUGGCAGUCUCGUUGCCCAAGCUAGAUUCUAAUCUUGUUGCCGUUCAUCCCUGCAGUGAAAAUGAAUGUACCUCCGCUAGCGGCAGAAGUGAGCCACCCCACAUCUCUCAGAGUACAAAUCCAUAACAUGUUAAGUGGCAAUAUGCAGUGUCUAGAGUUAAUCUUGCUUGAUAUCCUUUAAGUUACAAGUUGAACAAGGCCUUGGCCAAAUACUGUGAGAAAUGCUUUCAUAAGAAGAUCCAUCCUCAAAAACAGAGAUAAUAGAAUAGAAAAACAUUUAAGGAAGAAGAAGUAAGGAGAAAAGGGAAGUGGCAUUUUUAGAGUAUUUGUACACAGCCUGUGUGACUACUAUAGUCAGUCCCAGUGCAUUUAUUGAAACCUCUCUUUGCACUUUAUAUGUCGUUUCACCUUUAUUGUAGUAUUUGUUUUUAUUGUUGCAAGGUAUUGGGAGUUGCAUUUGCAACACAUUUCAGGAGGAAAUAUUUUUAGCUUCUAACUUUUUGAUAUUGUAAACUUUGAUAUACAGUAUCUAGUUGUCUACUUGCUAAGACAAUGACAAAAUUAGAGUAGAAAUCUGACAUCAAAUAUUGUUCGAAGGAUCUGUGAGAACAUCACUUUAAAAGUAAAAGCAUUACUUUUUUCUAAACAUCCUGACAGCUCUCUCCAUUGUGCUCAUUACAGUUGCGGACAUGCUCUGCAGAACUACCACUGGAUUCUAGUUUCUAAUGUUCGGUUUAGGCAUUUGUACUGUAGAAUUUGAAUUCUUUGUAAAUCACAUAUGCCUUUUUGUAACAAUUUUAUACUGUACAUCAUAUGAACAUCAUCACUGAUUAAUUCAUUUUACUGAAACUCAGAAAUUUGCUCUCUAAAUAUCUAUUACAUUGUGAGCCAGGAUUACAUUUUUCAGUGUGCAAUAUUCAUUGAAACAAUGACAUUCUCUGCUCAUUCAAAAUGCACCAUCAAAAAAAAUUCUGAUUAAUGUUAAAUAAUGCAUCAACUUGCACAGUUAGAUACAAGAUCUGAAGCACGUGCAGGAGCCACCACAGUACCGUGCUGCUUUGUCCAAUAAAAUCUUGGAGAUUCAAGUGUACCAAAGUAUUUUUGUCUCACAGUUAUCCCCUUUGAGAUGCACAUUGCAUCAUUUCUAUAUAGAUUACAAAUAAACAUCUUUUUUCUUUGGA